UUAUAGUUGGUGCAAAGUUAAACUACAGAGUGGUAGUAUUACAGAGCAAGCAUUUGCCAAAAUCAUGACUAAAUUCAGCUUCAGGCCUUUCAUCUUCUUCUUCAUUCUCUUUCUUUCAACCCUUCUUUUCCUAGCAGAUUCUGCAGAUGAGUUCUCAAGAGAGCUCUCAAAGAAGGAAAUGGGAUUAAAGGGAGAAAAGCUGAGCCACCUCCGCUUCUUCUUCCACGACAUUGUCAGCGGGAAAAAUGCCACCGCCGUGAAGAUAGCCCAGGCCACCACCACCAACACGUCUGCAACAAGGUUCGGGAUGAUGGCCAUGAUCGAUGACCCUUUGACCGCCGGCCCGAACCUCUCCUCCAAGCUCGUCGGACGGGCACAGGGCGUAUACGCGUCGGCGGCGAUCGACGAAGUGGGGUUGUUGAUGGUUCUCAACUUUGCUUUUGUGGGAGGGAAGUAUGGCGGAAGCUGCCUCACUGUGCUGGGAAAGAACGCCGUGAAUUCCGCCGUGAGGGAGUUGCCGGUCGGCGGCGGGACAGGGCUUUUCCGGUUUGCUCGCGGUUAUGCGGAGGCGAAGACACGUAUGUAUAAUGCGAAAACAGGAGAUGCAAUGGUGGAGUACAAUGUUUAUGUUUUUCAUUACUAAUCAUUAAUAAUCUUAAUUAAUUUAGCAACCAUUGUCUACUUUCUUAUCAACUCCAUCUUGUUGCAAGCUCUCUGUUGUUUUCUUGUUUUCUUGCAUUGUCUUUUUUCUUAAUACUCUUGUUUUUCAUUUGGUUUUUACUUUUUACUAAUAAGAAAUAAAAUAUUUUAAUAGUCAAAA